AUAGACACACAUUGCAUUCAUCAGCUCUCUUGUCUCAAUUGACUUGCAUUUAUGUACAGAGAGUUUCUCCAUUUAAUUUCUUGCACAGAUUUCAAUCUCUGUCUCCCAUGGCUUCCCUCUUCCUCUUCUUCCUCUUCCUCACUGUGAUCCCUCCAACCCCAAGCAAUGCUGGUUCUUGGCCACCCUCCCCUGGCUACUACCCCAGUUCAAAGUUCAGGUCCAUGAACUUCUAUGAUGGGUACAGAAACCUUUGGGGCUCUAGCCACCAAAGUGUGGAUAACAAUGGCUUAACCAUGUGGCUUGACAGGACAUCAGGUAGUGGGUUCAAAUCCGUUAAACCAUUCCGUUCUGGGUACUUUGGAGCUUCCAUCAAGCUUCAACCUGGGUACACUGCAGGAGUGAUCACUGCUUUCUAUCUUUCAAAUGUUGAAGAACACCCAGGGUUCCAUGAUGAAGUGGACAUUGAGUUUCUUGGGACCACAUUUGGGAAGCCAUACACAUUGCAGACCAAUGUGUAUGUGAGAGGGAGUGGAGAUGGUAACAUUGUGGGUAGGGAAAUGAAGUACCAUUUGUGGUUUGACCCUACACAAGGUUUUCAUCACUAUGCCAUCUUUUGGAGUCCUAGAGAGAUCAUAUUUCUUGUGGAUGAUGUGCCAAUAAGGAGGUACCCUAGGAAAAGCAUUGAGACAUUUCCACUAAGGCCAAUGUGGAUAUAUGGAUCCAUCUGGGAUGCAUCCUCCUGGGCAACUGAGGAUGGGAAAUACAAGGCGGAUUACCGGUACGAGCCGUUCGUCGGAAAGCUCACGAAUUUCAAGGCGAGCGGAUGCUCCGCCUACGCGCCGCGGUGGUGCCGCCCGUUGUCCGCCUCGCCGUACCGCUCCGGCGGCCUGAGCAGGCAGCAGAAUAGGGCAUUGAAAUGGAUUGAGAGUCACUACUUGGUGUACAACUAUUGUAGUGACUCCAAGAGAGACCAUUCCAGAACCCCAGAAUGCUGGAUGCACUAAAAUGGAUAUAUGAUCAAUAUUGCUUCCCAAUUGUCACUCAAUCUAUGUUUCCUUUGUGAAGAGUGGGGUGGCCAUCCAGGUGGGACCCACUUAUCAAUGAUUGUUGAGAGUCAAAGACCAAAAGAAAAUCAAAGUAAAAAAAAUAAAUAAAAAAAAAAGAAGGUAAAAUGGUACUCCCUAGCUUUUUGUUAUGUAUUUUUGUGUACAUUAGUGGAAUUGGAUUAAUCACCAUGUGAGAAUGAGGGGAAAGCAAAAAUAUGAAAAGUGGUUAGAUAUUAUAUAUUUGUGUAUGUGAAUUGAGGUGGUUGUGGUGGUGGUGGUGGUUGGUGGUAGACCAAAGGUGAUGAGGUGAUCAAAGCCAUAACUUGAGUGUGCUUGUCAUUUAUUAAUAAAUCAUAUCAAGUUUGUCUUUAAAAAGCAAA